UCGGCGGCCAGCUUUCAUUCAUCCAGAUCCCAGAACAAAGAUGGCGGCGACGCCGUACCGGCUGCGAUGCUCGUUGCUGGGUCAUUCGAUGGAUGUGAGAGCGGUGGCGGCCGCACAUCAUCCCGAAGGUGCCAUCGUCACAGGCUCGCGAGACCGGACAACGCGGAUAUGGCUGCCGAACGAAGGCAGCUGCGACUAUUACGAGAGCCAGUGCCUCAUGGGGCCGAGCAACUUCGUGUCAAGUGUGUGCACUGUGCCGCCCUCGGACCAAUACACGUCCGGCCUCAUCCUAGUGGGCAGCAAUGACUGCAGCAUCUACUGUUUCAGCCCCGAUUCGCCACAGCCCCUGUACAGGCUGCUGGGACAUAGUGGAAAUGUCUGCGCCCUGGCGGCAGGUCAAUUUGGCACACUGCUCAGUGGCUCCUGGGACAAGACGGCACGCGUGUGGUUUGGCCAGAAGUGCAUGCUGACCCUCGAGGGGCACCAGGGCCCAGUUUGGGCAGUCCAAAUCUUCCCCAAGCAGGGGCUCAUGCUCACCGGCUCGGCUGACAAGACCGUGAGGCUGUGGCGUGCCGGAAAGUGCGAGCGGGUCUUCACUGGUCACGAAGACUGCGUCCGCAGCCUAGCCGUUCUUUCCAGGAUGGAAUUUCUUUCGGGCUCCAACGACUACACCAUCCGCCACUGGACGGCCACUGGAGACUGCCUACGCGUGUACACGGGGCACACCAACUUCAUCUACUCCGUCUGUGCGCUUCCCGACUCGCCUAGUGGCACGGAAGAGUUUGUGACGUGCGGUGAAGACCGAACUGUGCGUGUCUGGUCUUGUAGCGGGGACUGUGUCCAAACUUUGCGGCUGCCAGCGCAGUCGGUGUGGUCAGUAGCUUGCCUAGCAAAUGGAGACAUCAUUGCUGGCUCAAGUGAUGGCGUGACGCGAGUGUUCACGAGGCACGGUGAGCUUCAAGCACCACCCGAGCAGCAGAAGGCAUUCGAGGAGGAAGUCUCUAAGUCAGCACUGCCAGCUCAGGAGCUUGGUGACCUCAAGAUCAAUGAACUGCCUGGCAAGGAAGCCCUCCUAGAUAGAGGCAAGAGAGAUGGCCUGACAAAGUUGAUACGAGAUGGUAAUGUGGUGUCGGCAUACCAGUGGGUCGCAGCCGAUAAUGUGUGGCAGAAAAUUGGGGACGUGGUGGGCGCGCCAAACUCGGACACUCCCGUUGGCAAGAUCACUUACGAAGGAAAGGAGUAUGACUAUGUCUUUGAUGUGGACUUGGACACUGGCGGGAAGAUGAAGCUACCGUACAACGUGACCGAGGAUCCGUGGCACGCAGCCCAAAACUUCAUACACCGCAACAAUCUGAGCCAGUAUUACCUCGACCAGAUUGCAAACUUCAUCAUUCAAAACACAAAAGGCAUGGUCAUUGGGAACGCCGUUCCUAGUACAUAUCAGGAUCCCUUCACCGGUGGCUCAAGGUAUAUCCCAGGAACUGAGCGGAGGCCCCCGACAGUGCAACAAGGAUCGCAACAAGGUGACUCAACAGAGAAUGACAACGCAGCGGGUGACAUGACUGUCGGCGGGCGCUUCUUUCCCCACACGUCGUUUGUUCGCUUCGACGUCGCCAACACCCAGGGAAUUCUUACCAAGUUGCGGGAAUUCAACACUCAAGUCCCUCCUUCUGACACGGUGGACGACGAGGACUUGGUUCAGCUCAUGGCGCUAGCUUGUGCGUCGGGAACACCUAACGAUGCCCAAAUGGCCGCUCUCGAAAGGGUCGUGCAUUGGCCCCAAGAGUUUGUGUUCCCGGCACUGGACCUGCUGCGGCUCGCACUGAGAAAUCCCGCGGUGAACAACCACGUCUGCAGCCUGAGCGGGCCGCAGCUGUGCAGCCACUUGAUUGGCCUGCUCUCGUCUACGGGCCCCAACGCAGCGGCCAAUCAGAUGCUAGUGCUGCGCAGCCUGUGCAACCUCUUUUCCCAGCCUAGCGGCGAGGCUCUGUCGCUGCGCGAGCGCGAACGGAUACUCGGCGCCCUCCAACGGCGAGCUGCAGCCGGUGGCGCCAACAAGAACACGCAGAUUGCCAUGUCCACACUGCUGUUGAACUACGCCGUAGCUCACCUGCGCGCUGGGGCAGUGUGCAAUGAGCAGGACACAGAACGGAUGGUGCAGCUGCUGACCGCCAUGGUCGCGGUCGCGGCCGAGCUGACAGACGGCGAGGCGCAGUUUCGUCUGCUCGUGGCAGCUGGCACGCUGUGCAACGUGGAAGGAUCGGGGACAGCCGAAAUUCGCGAGCUGGCGAUUGCGCUUGAACUCCCGCGGGUCGUGGAGAAGUGGGUGGCGACCGACUGCCCCGAGAAGGUGAAGCUGUGUGCUCAGCAGUUCCUGGAGUCCCUGAGGUGAAAGCUCACAGGGUGCACGGCUGUCUAGGCUUGUAAAGUGAAACUGGUCUGUCGCUGUGUGUUUAGUUUUUUUUUCUUUUAAUUUUUUUUCUUGGUGUUCGAUUUUGUGCGCACAGUAACUCCUCCCAUUGGUUCCCCUAGGUGGAGGUGCAGGCUGUCCAAAUUCUGGGGGGAGCUUUUGUGAGACUUCUAUCUUUUAGUUUUCUAUCGAGAUGGUAACUGUUAAUAAAUUCUCGGCAAAUAUUCCAUUUUUCUUGCUUUGUUUCCCGAAGCUCUUAUGGUCGCAGAGAAAUUCGUUACAUUGAAUGACUGCAUUAACUGAAGCAACGCACAAGCCUCUUGUGGAAGCCCCGAGGCAAAAGUGUAUUUGUAUUCCCGGUUUAUUGGCUCGGGAAGUGAGCCUUGUGUGUAUCCAGUGUACCUAUUGUCUUCUAUUUUUUAAUUUUCUUUAAUUGCUGUGUGAUUCCUUGAAUACUGAUACUUGUGAUCCCCUUAGGUUUAGAUUCAGGUUGUCGAAAAUCGCCAUUCAACUGCCUGUAUCACCUUUCUUUUUAUGUGUGCAGCAGCGUGCACUGUUCUCACGUUGCACCGUCUGUGCAACCUAACCCAAACAAGAAUGGCGACGUCACCCUCGUAAACCCUCCCCCACUCGUUGCAACACUGUUUCUGCUUGACUGUGACAGGCUUGCACCCUUGUGCAUUUGAUUCGCACUGUUCCGACACCUCUUGUGAAUGCCAACUGCCCACUGGUUUUGGUUCACGUCUGACCGCCCAAACACAUCUUUCUUGUGAGCGCCUGUGUCAUCCUAAACUUGCAUGAAAGCAUUUGCAACUUGCCGUGAAGAGAAUAGAUUGCCCAUGUUUUCGAGGCAAACUCGUCAUCAUGUGUACUGCAGUGAAAAUUUACUUCCCCUCUGGUGCUCCAGAACUCCACUGUAAGGUGACCCGUAAUAACAUUGCUGCAAAUUUUCUACACAGCUUUAACAUGAGAAAUGAAAGCCACUAGCACACCAAACGAUCAAGCUUUCUUGGCUGAACGGGAGUUGUAGAUUUUCUAAGGUAUCCUGAAAUGGAAAUUUUGCUGCAUUUGCAGCAGGCAUUCUUUUUUUGAAAUUGCAAAUUCUUUGAUUAGCCUAGGUGCUUGUUGAGCAGAGCAGGAUUGAUACAUUUCACUCAAGACAGAUUUGAGAGAGAUACAUAAACAUGAAAAAACUUGGAAAAGAAAGUUUGUAGAGAUGCUGGAAUUCCCGCUUUUUUAGCAGCCUGUGCCAGACAUGCAUAUCAAGUGAAAGUGUCUUGUGAUGCCUCAUUGCAGACAGUCUGGAAUUGUCGCAGAAAAUUUUACUCUUUCCAUCAAUUUUACCUCGCAGAAGCAACUGGGAGAAGGUUCUAGUUAUGAGAACAUAGCGCGCUCAACAAAUACGCGGGUUGGUUUGCAAAAUUUUAAACCCACAUUGUCCAGUUGACAAGUGCCGAAGCCGAAUUACCGGGAUUAGCUUGAAUUUAAAUUGAAACGUGUUACUUGGAAAACUCUCCUUGUCCUAGCUUAGGCCUAGCUUGUAUUUUACAUUGCAUUUGGUUGGCCAAGCUCAACUGGUCGCAAAGGUGCUCUACAUAACACAUCCCAUUGUGCCGUAGUAUCUAUGACUUGUGAAAAAAUUAUCCCACAGCGCUUCACACUUGUAAAGCACCUAAUUGUUCCAAGCCACCAUUUAAACAGUGCCUCAGCUGAUGGACAAAUAAAGUGCUUUCUAUUUUUCUGAAGCGUAUGAUAAAAAAAAAAUUUACUUGUGCUUUAGGAAGCUUUGCAUUGUAGCUGUUGUCAUCGAUUAAACUCGCUCUGUGGAUAAAGCUGCAAUAGAGGAAUAACAUUUAAUACCUCAAAUGCACGGAAAUAAAAUGCACUUCAAGUUACUGCAACUUAUUUCACCCAACCCCCCAAAAUUUAUACGAGUGCAAUGCGCCGUAUGUGCACUGUUUUGACAUUGCAAGUGCUAAAUGCUACAACACAAGAACUAUAGUUAGUUGUUUGUACAGGCACCAACGCCCUCUGGUAAUCUUUCUGUGAAACUGCUUCAGUAGUGCCACUGUGCCAUGUUGAGAACUGUCUUUCUUGGAAAGGCUUGUAGGCAUGUGGACAAAGUCUGGUCCCUUAUUGAAAGCUCGAACAAAGGUGCACAUCAUCACAUUUAAGCGGCACAUUAGAACACUGAGGAAAUUUUCACAUUUCGUUAACGCUUAUCGCACCUUACCUGCUAAAAAGUAGGUGCUGUUAUGCACCAUUCAAAGCCAAACUUUGAAAUCACCCAAAGGCCUAACGUGUUGCCUUUGAUUGCCUUAUCAUUGAGCUAAAUGGGUGCCCAAUGUAAAAAAAUAGGAAAUAGCAGCUGGCGUGAUAAACGUGAGGUAGUUGCUUGGGUGCCGAUGCUUUAAGGUAGCUUACUUUGUUCGUUUCAGCCUAUUUGCGACUCAGUUUGAUGUAACUUCCUUCAAUUAUUACUUUGACUGAUUCAAGGCUGAGUUUGAUACCAGGCACAAGACAUUAGUGACUGCACUGGAAUAUCGAGACAUAAUUCCGCAAUUUUUUUUCUUAAGCCACAGGAGACAACUUUUACUGUAUAUACAUGUGAUAUAUUUCAGGAACACUGAAGUAAGGUUGUGCUUUUUUAUUGAGUGCUCAUCCACUGCAGAGCCGAAGCAACGCCAAUAUUGUUUGCCCGAACUGUCGUAUAACCUAUGCAGCACAAUGUCGCAUCAUAGUGCUGAUAAUUCUCGUGUCAGUGACGCGGAGUGGCAGGAAAUGAUGCCCGAUUGCCACCUGGCAAGUUGUUGCAACCAAAGAAAUAAAAUGGAGGACUUUCCUGCUCUAAGGAUGUUUCAAGGAAACAUGUUGUGCCUCGCCUCUUAAUUGCCUAGUCGUGCUCCCAUCUCUUGAACUGUGUGCAAAAGUGACUGGCCGUGUCAGUCAGUUGCGAGUGACUGCCAGCUAGCUAUGUGUGUCUGGGAAGGCACAUCUAACCUGUUAACUAAUUGUUUGCCGAUAGGCCAUUCGGCCUGUGUUUCACAUGUCACACCUGCUAACCUGCGACACUUAAAAUUCUUUAAAAAAAAAAACCUUGAACACAUAGUGGAAGAGGUGAGGAGGAUUAGCACAGAUUUUAAUUUUACCCCUGAGCUCACACUUUGCGGUAUACUAAUGUACUUUAGAUGCAGCAAACGUUGACCAGCCCAAAUUGACAAGCAACCGACUGUUUCUAGAUUAGCAACUUUUUAGCAACUUGGCUAUUGCUGACUGCACCUGCUCCAGGAACUUGUCUGAAUAAGCUUGCUCAAAGCAGAUACCCUUCUGGUGUCGUUUCGUAAUCGAAAGACUUCGGAGACAGACGAGCGAGCCUUUUCUUGCGAACAUGAUUCAUUUUUUAUGAGAUAUGAGGAAACAUCGUAAAAUCGUCGAACGAUUACAAAUUCAUGAGCUUUUCGGAAAGUUCAGGGUAAUUGGUAGGUAUAUGCACAUGGUAAGAUAAGAACAAUGAACAAAUCCUUUUGGGGCGGUAGUCUCAAUUAACUUUCGGGGGAUACAAUCUCUCUUGCAAGAUGUUGCCAAAAAAAGCAACAGAUGCGUCAGCAUCUAGAGGUGAUAGUGUUCCUGUCACUGCGCGAAGACUGCAUGCUUCUUCGCACUGUGCCAGUAACGCUUCGACUGUAGACAGAGUAUUUAGUUAUUCCUCCUGCUUGGCUGACCUAGACUAAAUUUUGUGGCACUACACACAGUUAUUGAGGUGGGAGUGUGACCUUGAAGCUUGUUGCUCAGGGCACAUGCGCGGAAACGCAGCUGUGCACAUGUGGUGCUUGGCAGUAGCAUUGAUUGAGCCAUCUUUGAUGUUUCCAGAGCAUGCUGCACGUCGUUAGCUUAGCAGUGCAUGAGCCAUUUGACCAAACAAUCGGCACUGCCAUCGUGAAAGUGCCCAGCACUUCUCUGCUUUUGCCAAACUGGUUUCCUGUCGGGAAGGAGCCAGAAAGCACCAUUAGCACUCGGUCAUUCAUAAUUGUUGCAGCUUGGAUAACGUUGUCACCACCUGUUUUGUUGGGAGAUGAAAGAACUGAAAUUUGAAUGAUGGUGUUCUAACUGUGCAAAGGACAAAAACGGAAAGGAGCAUAUACAUACACAUACAGAAAUAUGUGUUCAUAUAACAUGCAUGCACACUAUGUAUCUGUAGUAUGCUGCAUACAUACGCAUGUGUAAGGAACACCUACAUACACAUGAGUGUGUUCCCUUCUGUCUUUAUUUGUGCCGUUAGAACACUGCUGACAAGGUGAAGCAACUUACCAAGAUCAAGGUAGUGUUGAAAUUUUAAGCACUGUCUGAUAAAGCUGAAAAAAACUUUCUUUUUGUGGCCUGUUUUUGUAGCAGCAUUCAGUGGAAAGAGUAGGCUGUUUGAAUGCACUAAAUAACAUUUAACUAAUGUCUUAAAGCACAUGUCAUCAAAGAAUUGAAGCCAGCCAGCCUUUAAAAAAAAUGUUUUUCUUAUACGUUUGCCCGAACAUAUGUUCAAAGAAUGCAUCCUCUCUGUCCCGAAGCAUGCAUUGCUUUUCUGCACGAAAUUGUCGCCAGACUUUUAAGUGAGGCUUUCUUGGGGAAAACAGCCUUUUUUGCAGCCCAUCUUGUGCUUCAGGGAUAAAGGUGCUGUCCAUAUCGCAACUCUCAGCAACAGCUGCUGCAGAGUAAUGAAAACUAAUUUUGAUGGCCAUGCUUUCGCAUACUGUGGGCGCCAGCUCCGAAACAGCUCGCAUGCCUUAAACACUGGUUAACUUCAAUUCGGCAAUUACACGUGCUCAAAAAUUUCUACAAACAUUUGACUGGCUAUUUCAUUUUGGUUAACUGGUUGCUAAUUUAUGCAGGUGUACUUGCACUCACUUUCUUGCUGUAUGCCGUACUUCACUGUCUUCAAAUUUUUUUUUUUUUUACUCGUGUACAGUGAAAUGCAAUGUAUUACAGUCAAGCAUGAAAGUUUACAGGGCAUAGGAUUUGCAAAAUGCUUGGGCACCAAGCCUCGAAUUCAAGAGUUUCAGUCUGGUAGUUUUUGCUACUUAUACAGUGAUGCAUUAAAUUAGAAGCGUCCCGUGCCUUAACGGAACAGGACUUCACAUUUGUCGAGGAGCUCGUGUCCCGUAAACUUUUGUGACUGACUGUACAUUGCGUCCUUGUGAAAUCGAACUCGAUGCAUUGCUUGACAUCUAUAUUUUCUAUCUAUACUGUCAACUUUUCUUGCACUACUGCAUUUGUUGCAUAAACUAAGUGCUUAUUCUGUUUCCACAACUGUAUCCUUGUGUGUUUAAAGGGACAUUAAAGAGAAACAAAUAAACUGAUGAAGUAUUCUCUCAGAAAUUUAUUUUUGGCAGUUUUCUUGGCAAGAGGUUAUAAUUAUUAGAGGAGAAAAUUGAGACUUCCCACUUCUUGAAUUUCACCCCAGAACCUCGGCACUGGUUUGUCAGUGUCACGUCGCGGAUUUCGAAGUAUUUUCUCGUAUUUGGCGUUCGUUGCGGUACUGCGCAAUUCCUUUUCUCGUUACUGUCCCUUUAAAGACCCAAAUGUUUUUUUCUAGAUGCACAUUAGGUGCCAUCAUUAAAAUGACAUCUAGUGUGCCAUUCGCAGGCAGAUAAAAAACACCUCAACUUCCCAAGUUCAACAAAGUUCACUUCUAAGGCACCAAUUGGGUGCAGUCAUUCUGCAUCAUGAGUGGGAUUAAACUGUACUGCAUUACAAAAAUGUGCAAAAUUUUAUUUUCGUGGUUGGCAUUUUUUUUUUCAUGUCUAUAACAGAAAAAGGUAAAAUUUCUCAUACUGAGUUACUGUGACCUUGGUGCUAAUUGUGAAAGACCCCUAAAUUGCAUUUGUUCUCCAUAGAACAAAGGGUGUUGUUUUUUGCUGAGGAUAAUUAGCAGAAGCCUUCAGAGCGAACUAAGUUGAGUGCAUAACAAUUUUAAGCUUUAUAGAAGUUCUCAUAGCAGCAGUAAAGUGGUGGGGAAGUAGGCAGUGACAUGACGGGCGCUUUCAAAAUGGUUAGCUGUGCAAGGAAAUUCUGUGUGCUUCAUAUCAUUUUCUUGUGACAUCUAUCAAUCACUUUUUUUUUUCGUCGGAUAUAAUGCAAGAACUUGACACUUCCGUUUCUCAACUGUGAUUAAUUUCAAACAGAUAAAAACCGCAUGGCAUACUGACAAGGCUCGAUAAAAAGUUUGAUUCAAUGUUUCAAGCAAUGUUCACUGAUAUGUGAGGUGAAAGCUGUUAUUUAACAAUAUUGAGCACUUCUGCAAGUGUUGGAAAUUGUUUGCCAGCACAAAAAAAAAAAAAAAUGCAACAGCUGUUUCUCAAGUGUGCAAAGUUGUGUACAUGUGAUGAAUAAACUACAUUUGUUUCCA